AGUACGCCAGCAGUUCACCAUGCAAUAACAGCCCGCCGAAACUGAAAAGUGUUUUCGGUGUUGUCAGCGUUCUGGGUUGAAAAUGCACGUCAUGGAAGCUUUUUGCAACAAGGUUGAGCAGGCCAGAAGCAAUACAAGACAAAUAGCGCAGAAUUUCAAAGCUGCGCUGCAUAAACGCCAGUCAAUAGUGCUUGAGCUUCACGACAAUUUGGAGACCAGCAAACGUGAGAGGCGGAGAUACUCAAAGGCCAUUGAAGAUGGAUUUGAAGACAUCGUAGAAUUAAUGCGGCGUUACCAGCUGAUGAUGGAAAAGAAGAAACGGGAUACGGAACAGUUGGCUGCCCUCGCCGCCAUCUGCGACGAGAAACAGAAACGGCUGGAACUGCACACCUUGGAAUUGCGUCUUCAUGACCUGCUGAAGGCGAGGACAUCAGGCUCAGAGUGUUUGGUGGACUUGGCCGUCAAAUGGGCAGGAUUGCAAGUCGUAUUAAUACCUGGGCGUGGCUACCGGAUCUGCCUGACACUACUGGACCCACGCCAGCCUCAGCGCUGCUGCAGUCUUCUGCUGGGGCUUGACAGCGAGGGUAAAUACAGAGUGUCCGAGUGUGAGCCGACCCUAGCCAGCUUGGAUGGACUUCUGAAAGAGCUGAGGCGAACCUGCAACCUGUUACAGUUUGUGCGUCAUGUGCGACAGCAGUUCAAGAACCUGUUACUUGCACAUCCAGUGGAGCCCUCUGAUGAGCCAGCGCAGAUUGUUGAUGAGCACCAAGAAGCAGUGGCCAAGUUACUCAUAGCAGGUUUCUUUUCCACUGCUGCCACUUAUGAGAUUACCUCAGCCUCCCUGACUCUCCACUUGACGUACUUUGUUGCCGUGCUGCUCAACAUACAAGUCCCAUACUUGCUGGUAAGCUUCCUAGUUCUUUUCCUCCACUGUGAAUCAGUUUUUCCUGUACAAAUAUCUGAACAUUCUCUCAGCACAUUUGCUUUCUUUUGUAUUCCCCAAUCAUUCCUCGUAAUCAGUUUUACUUUGUGCUUCCUACUGGACACGCUGCGCCAUCUAGCAGCAGUGCUGCAAAGUUUGUGCAUGGUGCACAUGCGCAUAUAUAUAUAUUUAGACAAAAUUGUCUAAAUGUAUAUGGGGUGGGUGCAAUUCUGCAUUGAUGGUAAGCAGACAAGUGCAGCCUGUGCUGUUAGAAAGUAAUAUUUUGUCUAUCAAGACGAUGAUCCUGUAGCUCAUGUUUUCGGAAUUGUUGAAUUAUUUCUAUGAUAAUAGCUACAUGCUUUCGUGGUUUUCUGUCCAACUGACUUAGUUAUAUACAAGUCAAGACUUUUUCUUAGCCAAGCCAAGCUAAAAUGGUAGGAUAUGCCAGUAUAGCCAACUUCCGUUAAUUUGACCCUGAUGGGACCGAUGAAAUGAAUAGCAAUAUGUGCCGUAAUGUGCUAAAAUCUUAAUCCAUUAUUUUUGUUAAUUAGCUGAUUUUGCAUCUCGAUUUUCUUGUGCAAAAAAUUUUUGCCGCUCCAAGUAUUUCAGCUCAAGGAUUGCAAUUGUGAAAUCUGCCACAAGUGAUUUUUAAAGAAUUCUCUAUAGUCAAAAAACAUCCUGUAUAGUGGACAAGUCCUUGGAAUGUUUAGGAAACUUCUAGGUAUACUGUAUUUUAAACCUUUUACUUCUGUAGUAGUGUUGGCGUUUGAACAGUGAAGUCUAGCUACAUAUAAAGUUGGUGAAACUCUACGGACAUUUCUUACGGUUUUGCUACUGUCUGUUUUUGAAAAUGCUAAUGGUGUGAUCAGUCUGUUGAAAAUUAGAUGCAGCUCUCUGUUUGGAGACUGCAUUGUUCUAAAACAGCAUCGCAGUUAUCUUACACACAUUAUUUUAGAAAACGAAAGGAUAGAAAAGUUGGGCCAGACCCUCAUAUGACCUGUCAGAAAAAAGAAGUAAAGAAGUUUCAUAUUUUGACUGCACUUGUGGCCUGAGGUUAGCAGGUAGUGCAAGGCUUCUUGGUGUUUGCUGCACAUGGCAUUGUUCUAAACAAUGUGCAUAUACUUGUUGGGUGCAAGUAAAAAAAAACUCAGCUGGAAGUUAGGGCUUAUGUUGUCGUCUUGAACUUGUGUACAUUUCUCACAUAUUCCCCCCCCCCCCCUUUUCUGUGCUAAUAAUCUUCUUUCAUUGAAUACCCGCAGAUGAGCUCCCAGUGCAGUGUGUCUCUAUUUAAAUAAAACGCAGUUUCACCAAAAAGACGAAGCAUCGAUUGCAAUAGGAAAUUAGUAGACAGCUAUAUGAAGUAAGGAUAGUAGCUUUAUCAGCCAAAUAAUCUUGUAGACAUUCGCUUACUAACUAAAUUAACCCUUUCGCUGUCACGGACGUACUGGUACGUCAUCGCGCUUCCCCCCCACAGUGUCACUGACGUACCGGUACGUUCUCUAUCGUGCGUUCAAAAUUUCGCGCCUCAGCGCAAAGCUGGCACUCCUAAACUGGCCACGCCAUCUGUUGACUCUUUCUACAAGUUCGUAUAUUCGCCUCGACCUCUGUUAAUCCCUGUAUUGAAGAGUAUGGUACGACUGCCACGCCUCCCUCUCUUUUUGCCGAGUGGCGCGGUGGCUCCGCGUUCGCUGGAUCAUGCGUCGCGCGCGUGUGGUUAUGGGUUCAAGGGUUGUUCUGCCCUCUCCGCUGGUUUGAAGGUUUUUGUUUUUCUUCUGUUGGUGUGCCUGCUACGGCGCGUCAAGUUCAGGCGCACGUGCUGUUGCCUCUCCGAAAAGUGUGACUCGAUUGCUGCUUUCACUCUCUCGCCGCACCCUCGCUUCCAACUUGCAGCAGUAAACGUAAAGCCCUUCGAACUUUGUUUAGCCUUUUUCCAUCUCCCUCUGUCUUCUUGAUCACGCAACGUCCCAUUUAUCUCCGUUGUGCGGGCGACUGAAAGCGCAUCCUCCCUGCGCGCGGUUACUUUCGGAUGGCUCAGCGCGCGGGACCUUCGUCUGCUCAUUGGAGCGGUGGCUCAAUUCCGAUUCAGAAUACGAGCCGAGCUCGGAUUCGGACUCGGACAGAAUCGUAUGCGAGGAAGAGGGUUCCGCAUCGUCAGAUUCGGAUGUUGAACGGAUUUUAUAGUCAGGCUGAUGAUGAUGAUGACAUUUACUAACAACAGCUGCAGAACACUUAAAUGUGCAUAUUGCAUUGACUAUGUUAUUUGUAUACUAAUCAUAAUCAAAAAUAAAUUGCUAUGUUCAUUUCCUGUUA